AGGGGGAGAGAAGGGGAAAUAAACCUCUUUGGCUGGAGUAGGGUCCGGGUGAGCAGAUUUCCUUAUCCGGGAAUCGCAGGCCGGGUGGCCAUUGGCUCGGAGGAUCACGUGGGCCCCUAACUUUGUUCACUUGACAGUAAGUAGGAGGGCUUUCGGAAACAGGAAAACGAGUCAGGGGUCGGAAUAAAUUUUAGUAUAUUUUGUGGGCAAUUCCCAGAAAUUAAUGGCUAUGAGUUCCUUUUUGAUCAACUCAAACUAUGUCGACCCCAAGUUUCCUCCGUGCGAGGAGUAUUCACAGAGCGAUUACCUACCCAGCGACCACUCGCCGGGGUACUACGCCGGCGGCCAGAGGCGAGAGAGCGGCUUCCAGCCCGAGGCGGCCUUCGGGCGCCGUGCGCCGAACCCCCUGCAUCCCAGCCCGUCCCACCCCGCGUGCAAAGAGCCCGUCGUCUACCCCUGGAUGCGCAAAGUUCACGUGAGCACGGUAAACCCCAAUUACUCCGGCGGGGAGCCCAAGCGCUCUCGGACCGCCUACACUCGCCAGCAAGUCCUCGAACUGGAGAAGGAAUUUCACUACAAUCGCUACCUGACGCGGCGCCGGAGGGUGGAGAUCGCCCACGCGCUCUGCCUGUCGGAGCGCCAGAUCAAGAUCUGGUUCCAGAAUCGGCGCAUGAAGUGGAAAAAAGAUCACAAGUUGCCCAACACCAAGAUCCGCUCGGGUGGCACCUCGGGCACAGCCGGAGGACCCCCUGGCCGGCCCAAUGGAGGCCCUCCCACUCUCUAGUGCCCCCCAAGCAGGAGCUUGAACCUGGGGGGCGGGGGUGGGCACGAGCACCGAAGGGGGAUUUGGGGUUAUGGGAGGGUCCCCAGGCUUCGCCCACAAAACAACCCUAUCUACUCUGCUCCCACUUUAUCUAUAAGGAAUAAAUACAGAGAAGGGGGGGGUAGGGAAGCCUUAUUUAUAGAAACGACAAUAGGGAGCCGGUUGAAGACCUCCGGAAGCAAGAUUCAAGUCUCUUGCUUUCUUCCUUAAAAAAAAAAAAAGAAAGUAAAGAAAAGAAAAGAAAAGAAAAGAAAGAAAAGAAGAAGGAAGAAAGGAAAAGACAGAAAGAGAAAUGGAGGAGUCUGCUGCGCCUGGUUUUCAGCUUUGGUGAAGAUGGAUCCACAUUUCAUCUUUAAUCAUGCCAGGCCUGGGCCCAUCUGUCUUGUUUACUCUGCCGAGGAGAGGACGAGCCUCGGUGGCGACCAUUACCUCGACACUCGCUAACAAAUGAGGCCGGGCUCGGCCGCUGCUGCCGCCUCUGCUGCUGCCUGCUGCCGCCGCUGCUGGACCACAGCCUGGAUUGUCUUUCUUUGUCCCUUACUCCUGACACGCAGCGAAUGCACCCUCUGACUGCCAGAUAGCACAGUGUUUUGGCCACGGUAACAAACACACACACAACUUCUCUCCCUGUCGGUGCCCACCUUGGGUGGGUGGGUGGGGAUGACUGUUCACCCCCUUCCACCAUAGGUUUAGAAGGGGGAACAGAAGGGAAGCGAGGGGCGGUCUUCACAACGUGGGUUCCGGAAUCUGAACCCAAGAAAUAUAAAAAAAGAGAUUGAGACACCCAGGAGGGCCUUCUACUAGAAGGUCCUGUCAGGCCUGGCAGGGUGAGGGGCAGUUGAGUUCUGGGAGCUGGGAAUGUCUCCUGGCCAAUCCACAGUUCUUCAGCAGAGGCCUUCUCUUAGACCACAAAUGAAUGUGAAAUUAGGAAAUAAAACGCUGUGGCCCUCCUACUCUGGAAGGACAAUGUUGCAGAACCUUCUCCCUCUCCCAUUGUUAUCACUGUUGCAUUGUUUAUUAUUAUUAUUAUUAUUAAUGCUAAUAUUAUUAUUAUUUUAUGUCAUGUAUGUCUUUUCCCCUGUUCUCUUUCCGACAUUCCAAACCAGGCCCCUUCCUACCUCCGGGGCUGCCUGAGCCUACUAGAACCUUUCCAUGGUGUGAAAAUUUGUGUCCUGUACAGAGUGACAACAGAAAUAAAUGUUUGGUUUCUUGUGACCAUCA